AGAAGAGUAAGACUCCGUCCCUCUCAGGCUUUAGCGGCAACAGAGGGCUCUACUUAGCGUCUGUUUGUCAAGGCCCAAGGUCUCCCGUCGUCCUGUCUUGCAUCUGAGCAUCUGUCGCUCACGUGUCGGUCUGUCUGAAGGCUCCCGUGCCCUCCCUUGUGUCAGUCGGUCGCCAUGGGCAAGCAGCGAGGGUUCCAGGCGGGCGGAAUCCCCAACCCGAUGGUGGUGAAUCGUCGGAAGAUCUUGCCGAGCGGUCCCAGCAUGAUGGAGCGGCUGCAGAGGGAGUCGCGGCCCAGCUGGGACGACUUCAAGAAGAUCGUACACAAGAAGGACGCCACCUCUAGCGAGGCACUCGAGAAGUGGGAGAACGAAAACUAUCGCGACGAACUGGAGGUGGGUGCGACACGCCACCAACACCAACACAACACAACACAGAAGGCAUUAUGACAUAUAUCACCGUGUGCGUGUGUAUGUGUGUGUGUGUGUGUAUGUGUGUGUGGUCUUAGAAAUUCAGGGACGUCAAGAUUAGCAAGCAGGAGAAGAAGGAGCUGCGUCGGAUCCGCAAGGAGGCCAAGAAGCAGAGCCGCAGCACCAGGAAGAAGGACAAGGGUGGUGACAGAGACCGCGACCGCGACAGAGACCGUGACGGCGAGCGCAAGAGGAAGCGCGACGACAGCAGCGACGACAGCCGCAGCGACAGCGACAGUGACAGCAGCAGCUCUUCCGGCUCCUCUGAGAGGAGGCGGCGGAGGAAGAAGGCAAAGAAGGCCAAGAAGGAGAAAAAGGUCAGCAGAUAACAGAGAGAGAGAGAGGGAGGGAGGGAGGGACGAGAGAGCGAGUGUCUUGGACCAUCUGUGUGUCUGUGUGGCUUUGUCUGUUGCUGUGUCUGUAUGUUGUGUGCAGAACCACCCGUACAAGCUCUCCAAUUUUCUGAGAUCAGGGGAGGAUGACAAAGAAGAAGACUGACGGAUGUGAUUGCGCGCAUGCCGACCGAGCGGACGCUCGGCGUGUGCUCGCAUCUCAGUUGGCCGACAGUACCGUAGCGGCUGCUUUCUCUUUUGCCUCUCUGGAUGGGUUUGGGGGGGCUGGGUGAGAUGGGGUCGGUUGUUUUCUUACCGUUCCCUCUCUUGCUGCGUACGUGCGUGCCGACAGGCAGCUGGUGUGCGUCCAUCUAUCUAUCCAUCCAUCCAUCCCUGUAGAGCUUUCCGUGCAUCUGUGUUGCGUGUGUGUAUGUGUGUGGAUGGCUAAGUGUAUAUGACAUGACUGUCUGUCUGUGUGAGUGUGUGUGUGGAUCUUUUUGACGAGUGUUGGAGUGUUGGUUGGAUGUUAUCGCCGCGCACCUGUGCAGUCCUGUGCAGCGACCCCUCUAUCUAUGUCUAGAUGUGGUGUCGGCGUUACAUUCAGACCAUUGUGUGUCUCGUUGGCUCCAGAUAUAAUACGUACGUUGAGAUUUGCAAAGCAUUCUUC